AUGGCCGCUUCGAGCUCGCAAGAUCCGCAGCCCACUUACCCGAACUACCCCGAGAUGGUCGACUGCAUGGUCUGUGGAGAGAAGGGGGUCGCCAAGCGACGCCCGGGCUAUCGGAUGACUUGCGCGGACUGCACCAAGUGCAAGGGCCGCUUUUGCGUAAAGUGCCGAGGGCCCUGGUUCGAGACACACAGUUGCAAAGUCUUUCUAGACCAGUUUGAGCUCUUCAAAGACCUGGAGUGGUUCUUCCGGAAGGGCGAGCAGAUUGACGACUUCCGUGAGAAUCUCCAGCCGUUUGGCUACAAGAUGUGUCCGGGAUGCUUCCAACCAGUCAUCAAGGACAAUGAGGAUGACUGCGAUCACAUCUACUGCAGCAAUCCGAAUUGUCGCAUGGAAUUCUGCUGGCAGUGCUUGGCGAACCGGAAGGUCGUGGAGGUUCAUGGCAACCACCACCAUAAGCCUAAGUGCCCCUACUACUUCGAGUAUGAUGGCAAGGACAAGUACAUGCCAGAGAAAUGCGAUGUUUGCAAGAAGUAUGAAAGGUGCUGCGUCACACCUCUGGCAUAUUCGAAGAUGAGCAAGUCCCAGCGAGAAGGUUACCCUCCGGAGGGUUGGACGGCAUAUGCUGUUCGAAAGGAGAAAGAGAUGGAGGAGAAGAAGAUGGAGAAGGAGCGCCGCCGGGAGCGGCGCGAAGCGCGAAGGCGACGCCUGGAGCAGGCCCAGGAAGCCGGCAUCUUUGAUUUCGUGCAGCGCCUGUUUCUUCCGAGCUCGACGCCUGAGCCAAGUCCGGGGAGUCCUGAGUGA